GAUAACUGUCGCUAAUACAUGCUUUUGUAGCGCGCAUUUAGCGAUGCUCACUACUCUUCACUAUCUCUACCGUAAUAUUGCAGAGACACCGAAUGAGUGAGUAACUAACGAGCGAUAGGUACAAUAAAUAAUACUGACUAAGUACUUUGCGGCUGACAGAUCUUCAAUCUUCACUCUUCUCACCAUCACCAGCACUAUCUCUAUACAUUCCACUCAUCUGGGGUAAUGCUACGGGUAUUAAAAUCUCCCUACGCCUUGGCCUGUCCAGGGCAGGGCUUCGUUAGAUACGGAUACUUGGCACCCUUCGCUAAUUACAUGCCUACACUACAGCCGUAUCUCGACCAGCUCGACGAAGCCCUUAACGAAAAGUUUUCUCAGCACCUAUUGAAUACCGACAAGAAUACCGAUACUCAACUGUGGAUAGCGAAAACUUCCAAUGCCCAGCCGGCUAUCCUCUUUACAACAUUCAUUCUUAACGAACUCAUUAGGCAUGAGUAUGGUAUAGAUUUAGCAAAACAGGCCACAUAUCUUAUGGGUCAUUCGUUAGGAGAGUAUACUGCUUUACUAUUAUCAGGUGUACUUGAUCUACCAUCAGCACUAAAGUUAGUGAGGAAAAGAGGUCAAUUGAUGGAGUCCUUGUUACCUAGCAAAGAUCAAGAUCAACAUCUAUACGGAAUGCGUGCAUAUCUCUUCCCUGAAUCAUACUUUGAAGCAGUAAGAAAGAUUGCAGAAGAGAAUAAUGUACUCGCUAACUUAAAUCAUCAGCAGCAAAUAGUUUGCUCGGGGCACGUCGAUGAGCUCACUAAAUUUGGCGAUGUUGUACGCCAAAAUCUAUCUGAUAUUGACAUAAAAGAGGUCCCUCUAGAAGUGAACAUUCCUUUCCAUAACCAGCGGUUAAAGCCGCUAGUGAGCGAAUUAGAAGAUUAUGUAAACCAAAAUAUUACAUUGGGGAUGCAAAAAGUUCCCAUAAUCUCAAACCUUACCGGGAGACCUAGUUCCAGUAGCGAGACUACACUAAAAAACACGCUAGACGAUAAUUGUCGUCCUGUUCAGUGGGUUAGUAGUAUGCAGUAUUUGCAGCAACAAGGAAUUUCUACUAUUGUCAAUAUGGGACCAGGAUAUGUCUUAAAAUCUAUCAAUUCAAAGUAUAGUGGAAUGACUAAUGUCGCUCUUGAUACUCCAACGACAUUCAAGCGAUUAAAGACUAACAAUUAAUGCAUAUGACAAUACAAUCGAUCAGAGUCAAAAACCAAAAAAAAAAUAGUCUAAAAAAAUACAAAAAAUACAAAAAAAAACAAAAGAAAUCGCGAAACACUGAGCAGAGUUAUCG